ACACAUAAUCGUGAGAAUCCUUAUUUUCGAUGUCUUAAAUAUCUACUAUAGUCAAUAUAAUUACUAAUCAUGUUUAAAAUCGAGAAUGCUGAUACAAAAUCAGCUAUUAUGGAUAUAAUCUUAAAAGCUUGGAGAAGCCGAUAUGAUGAAAUACAAUGGGGAAUUGAAAUAAAUAAAUUUUCUUUCAGACAUUACUUAGACGAUAGUUUAUUAGCAGAAUGUUUAUUGGGCGAAGCUUUCGUAGGAGAUGCUCCAAAUGAUUUGAUUCUUAGUUACUUGAAGCACUCAAUCUCUUCUUGGAAAAUCAGCUACAAAUCUGCCGUUGAAAAAAUAACACAAGUCCACAUUGAAUCAAAACCUCUCUGCGCUAAAGCUAUCCUUAAUUUAAUUCAUUCUUUAUUGCAAUCUUUCUUGUAAGAUUUUAAUACUAAUAUUUAUCGUAAUACCUUGAAUAAUUUGUGUUUGUCGAUUUCCAACAGAAAUAAAGGCGAAAAUGGAUUAGCAUCAAGCUCAAUGAUAUUUUCGCUUUUGGAUUGGUUGAUUUUGCUGGCUACGAAAUGUUGUCAACAGUGUUCUGUGAGUUCAUUAAGAGAGUAUGAAGAAAAUGUUUUUCCUAUCCAUCUCAAAUGCUUAAAUUUUAUUAUAAACAAUGAAUAUAUACUCGCCCUAUUAAAAAUCGCCAUUGCUGGACAUCCCGAUCAACUCAGUAAUCUUAAUACAAAAGUGAUUAACUAUGAAAAUUAUCUAGAUCGACUAGAUUUAGAUGAAUCCUUCAAAACUUCUGUCAAGUUCUCUCUCUCAAAUUUACUUCACUUUCACGAAAAAAGAGCUUUAACAUCUAAAUGCCACUUAAUAGAGUCAAACAACCAGUCACUAAAUUUAAGUAUUUCAAUGUUAUGUGCAAUGGAAGCUGUUCAUCAACCAAGUCAAACAGAUACAGUUGUCAAUUGUUUAUUGAAUUUGGAAAAGCUACACGACUUAAAACGUUGUAAAUUAUACAAAGAAUUUUUGAGAGCCAGCUGGUUAACCUUGCAUGACGGCACAGACAAUGAUGAUGAAAUAAAAGUAAAUGCUCAUUUAUAUCUAAAGGUGCCAUUGGUAUUAAAGCAGAUGGUUCAACUAGAAUCAUGUGGUAACUUGAAUCUUUUUUCUGCCCUUGAGAUGUUGGUCAAGUAUGGAUCUUUAUUUGACAAGGCGGAUAAACGGGCUGGAUGUAAUACAUUGGGGUUUUUUCUAAGUGAACUACGCGACAAACACAAAAUUAUCUCAGAAGAACAAGAAAGGAAAUUACACUCUCUCAGGGAAUUACAUUCAUUAUUGCCGGAUGUCGAACGUAAAGAACUAUGGCACUAUUCACCCUCAAAUGCUCCUUCAUGCUGUUUUAUCAUCAAAGCCCAAAAACCCCUUGAGAGCAUUUUAGAUCGAGUGGUUAGGUUAGGUCAGGAAUACGAUGAUCAAAUUGAUAACUCUCCUCCAUCGGAAAGUUUAUCAACAAUAUUGAACAAUUUGAUAUCUGGUAAAAGCUUCGGUCUAUUAACAACGGCGGCUUCUUUCACCAUGACUUUGAAAACUUUGACCUCAACUUUUUUUCGCUUCACUCAAAUGUACAUUAGUCGAAGCGAAUCUCAAUUAGAAGGAAGCUCCAUUUUUGAUAUUUCGUUACUAAUGUUGAUAGCAAUAACAUUAAAUCAUGGCAAUGAGACUUUAUUUGAAGUAAACGAAAGCGAUCAGAAAACCGCCCUAUUUUCAUUUUUAAUGACUUGUUUACCUGAUAAAUUUGGAAAAUAUAUGGUCCCUUGUAUGUUUGAGACUGAACAGGAUGAAAGUCUUGUUAACUAUAUUCUUGAAAAUAUGUUACGAUCUAGAAGAGUUCCAUUUCGGGAAAUCGAUUCUAACUUUGACUGGGUGCGAGUGUGUUUUUCUGUUAUGAAAGCUUAUAGUCUCAUUGUAAAAUCCCACAUAGAUAACAAUUUUCCUGAUGAAUAUUGUAUUUCCGAAAUCGUUUUCAAUAUUAAAAGCGAAAUGUGCUCUAUAGCGGCCGUAAUGGCCGUAUGGCUUUGUAGCUAUGCAAAUCUGUUAGAACAUUCCAAGCGGAUAAAAGCAGUAGAUCUAGCUGACCAUUUUAGCAGGAGUAAUACGGAAGAUAGGGGCAUACUUUUGGAAAAAAUUGUUGAUGAUGUAAGAAACCCCCUGGUAUUAUUGGCCAAUGCGGGAAAUCAGCAUGUUCCUUUCUACUUUAUAGAAGAAGAUUUGAACGUUGAAGACUAUUUGUUAAAGGUGUUUAGAGACAUUCUAAGUGCUGGAUUUGUUAAAACGUCAGACAUCCACAAAUUUCGAUAUAGUUUAAGCUUAAUGAAUGUGCAACAUUUUUGUAAAAUACUGUUAGAAGAGACUCUUAAAGAAGACAGGAUAGAAGAUCUGACAAAAGGAAUAUGUAUAUUACAUUUACUUUUUUCAUUUGAUAGAGAAAAAAUGCUAACCACACUUUUAAAGCAUACGCUACCUAACAUGAUAAAUGGUCUCGGUUUUUCCCCAACUCACAUUGAGGACCCAAAAGGUCGUGUUAUCUCUCGGCUUUUAACGUUAAUGCUUUCCGAGUAUUUCCGAGGCAGAGAGAUAAUAAACAAAAGGAAAUUAGUUGACGAUUUUCGAUUAAAUGAUACUGAUGAGAUACCAUCCAAAAGAUCAAAACUUUCUCCCUCAUCACCCUUUCACAUUAAAAUGGAAACGGAAGAGACUGAAGAAGAGGAUGUUAUAGAAAGAGAAUUCUCAGCUUUUUGUAAAGAAUUCUUAAUGGCAAAUCUGUCAUGUCGAGGAAGUAUUAAUAAACGAAUUGGAUUUGUUUAUGGAUUUAUUUCAGAAAUGAUCACUGCGGGUCAGCAUACAAUAAACCUUCUUAAAAAACACCUACCGGCAUCUUUGUUGGGACGUUUAAUACGAUUAUAUCCCGGGAGAAUUAGUCUUGAACAAGCUAUGUCAUUAUGCAAUUUGGAUGAAACAGAAGGACGAUUAAAUGCAGCUGAAAUGAUUAUAAUUCAUUCAAAUCAUAUACAAAAUGAUGUAUUCCCAGUAUGAUGAAAGAGCAGUUGAAAUACAUAUUUUUGCAAGCAUUUGUAUUAUACACUGAGCAUUCUGAUAGCAUAAAGAGUGAACUUACACGGGGAGUCUUUUUAAAAAUAUCCCGCCUUUCUUGACCUAAUUUCUACAAAGAAUCACAUUUUUAAUAAAAGUGAUAGGAAAAAAGAUUUACACUGAUAAUCUGAAAUUAAUAAUAUUAUAGAUUACUACUGUUUUUUCUUAAUUUCACACGAG